AAUAAAUUGUUUGGUGUUAUUACAAUUUGGAAUGAACACAACCAUAGCAUUAACACAGCAGAAGCCCUUAGAUAUUUGAAAGCAACAGAUGAUUUAAGACAAACUUUUGAGGAAUAUAUGAAUGAUGGAAUGACAAUGACAGAAGCCAUUCGUUAUCAUGAAAGUGUGAUGACUAUGAUGAAUUGUUCAGUUGAAGAUUUUGCUAAUGCUAGACUAAAUCCUACUUAUAGAACUGUACAAAACUGGCAUGAAAAAUGGAGAUCUACACAUUUAGGCCCUCGUACUGGUAAAGGUGUAAUCAUGAAACUUAAAGAAAAGAAAGAAACAUAUAAUGAAAAUGGAGUAUCUAUUUUUAUUCAAGAUAAUCCUUUUUCAGUACUUAUACUUACACCAAUUAUGUCAAGAGCCCAUGAUUUACCACUUGCUAAAGAUAUAGUUUUUGUUGAUUCUACUAGUUCUUGUGACCCAGAAAACAAUUGUAUCACUUUUUUAUUAACACCGUGUGCAGCUGGUGCUGCACCAUUGGGUGUUCUUAUAACAAAAGGUCAAAGUGAAGAAUCAUAUAAAGCUGGAUUUCUAUUGAUUAAAAAUAAUGUACAGAAUGCCUUUGAUGGGAAAGGUUUUCCUACCAUAUUUUUAACAGACAAUUCAGAUGCAGAAAUUAAUGCUUUGAAAGCAGUUUGGCCAAACUCAAAAUCUCUUCUUUGCAUAUUUCAUGUUUUACAAGCUGUUUGGAGGUGGCUUUGGGAUGGUAAAAAUAAUAUAAACAAAGAAGACCGUCAACCUAUGAUGCAAUCAUUUAGAAAAAUGCUGUAUGCUGAAACAGUUGAAGAAGCUUAUACAGCAUUUGAAGUUACUUUAGAAAUUGGAAGUAUGUAUAGUAAAUGGUGCAGAUAUGUUACUGUAGAACAUUGGACUUAUAAAGAACGCUGGUGUUUAGCCUGGAGAGAUCACACAAAUAGAGGCCAUCACACUAACAAUUUUAGAGAAGUUUCUGUAAGAAUAUUUAAAGAAAAUGUGCUGUGUAGAGUUAAGGCUUAUAAUGUUGUUUCAAUUGUUGAUUUUUGCUGCACCAAACUAGAAGAUUAUUAUAGAAGGAAGUUUCAAGAAUUUUCAAAUGAUAGAAACCCCACAGCACGUAAAUAUUUUGAAAAAAUUAUUAAACUUUGUGACUAUGCUUCAAAAGACAAAAUAUAUGUUGAAAAUGAAGAGUAUUAUGUACCGAGUGAAGAAAACAAACAGCUCAUGUAUUGCGUUGAACCUACUAUUGGUAUUUGUUCAUGUAAAGUUGGAAUACAUGGGAAAUUUUGUAAACAUCAAGGUAUAGUUUACAAAUAUUUUAAUAAAAUUGGAGUUAACUUUCCUCCAGUAACCAUAGAAGACAAAUACUUAAUAGCAAAACUGGCAUUAGGUGAAAAAGUACCAAAUAAGACAUUUUACGAGGGCUUAUUACCUGCAGAAGUCGUAGUUCAUACACAGUCACCUAUAUCUCAUGACAUUCAUCAAGAUUCAAAUAAAAAAAGUUCAACAGAAAGUAUGCAGAUUGUAAAAGAACACAAUCCCAAUUUAGAAAAACAAGAUUGUUUAUCCAUAUUAGAUGAUAUUACUCAGAAAAUGUCAAAUAAUAUAAUAAAGUAUGGUGAAUCAACUUAUGAUAAUUUGUUAAAAUUCAAAAAAAGAUUAGAUAAAAUACACACAGAAGGCCAGUUUAAUACUUUUUUAGCAACAGCAGGUACAUCCUCGUUAUCUCUUAGACAUAGAGACGGAGCAUCAAUAAAAGUACAACCAACUACAAUAGCUAGGAGAAGACCAGGAAUUACUAGAGGAAGUAAACGUUUGCUUGCAGGUAGACCAACAACAAGUGAUAGUAACCGUCCCAAAAAGAAACCCAGAAAUUUACUGCAUAACAUUAAAAAUUGUGUUACUAAUGCAAAAUCACAUUAA